AUGCCUCGUCCCAUUCCCCUCAACUCCUUGAGGACAUCCGUGUCUGCACAGUUUCUCACCGAGACAACAAGUCCCGCUCCGGCAAACCCCGAUGACGACUGGUUUCCGCACUCCUUCCAUGACGAUGAGCCGGACACGGAGUUACGGCCGGGCUGGAAACAGGACCUGUACAUGCUCCUCGAGCGUCCGACGAGCUCGAACGCGGCAUUCUUCGUCCAUGUCUUCAUAACCUUCCUGAUCGUACUGUCCUCCUUGGUGACGGUAUUCGAGACGGUUCCCGCGUUCCACACCAUAUCCGGGCGCAUAUGGUUCGGUUUCGAGACGAGCAUGGUCGCGUUGUUCACGGUGGAAUACAUUGCGAGAUGUAUCGCUCGGAGUAGCUCUGUGACCUCGUUCCUUGGCUGGGUCAUAUCGUUCUUCGGGAUCAUAGAUCUCCUUGCUAUAUUACCCUACUACAUCGAGAUUGCAUUGCAGCAGGAUACUUCCGUGUUCUUUCGAUUUUCCAUCCUCCGGACGUUCAGGCUUCUUCGUGUUUUUCGGCCGUUCAGAUACAACAACACCAUCCUCCUGUUUGUCCCACUUCUUGCUAUAAUCCUGCUGAUUACCAUCGAGGUCAUGUAUCUGUCGUUUCGCAGGUCGCAACAUGCAUUGUUAGCUCUCAGCUUCUUCGUCGUCAUGAUGUUGACGGUGUUUAGCACCCUUUUGUACUUCGCCGAACGAGGUACCUGGGACAACGUUCUCGAAACGUUUGUAAACGCUGAUGGCGAUCCGAGCCAGUUUUCGUCUAUUCCUGCAGCAGCAUGGUUCGUACUAGUCACGAUUACGACUGUCGGCUAUGGGGAGAUCAUUCCGCGCUCAUUUCUUGGGCGGUUGAUCACGAUCCCACUGCUCGUGUUCGGUCUAUUACUCAUCGCUCUCCCGAGUUUCGUACUCGGGCGCGAGUUCAGCAUUGUGUGGGCCCGAAUUCAUGGGCGAUCGAAUCAGUUGGAUGACCAAUCAGCCGAACUCGCACCCGCUUCCCUGGAACAGGAUGGUUUAGGGCGGAACGGCGGUCCCUCUCGGGUUUCCGAUCUGUCCAACAGGAAGCUCGCACAGAAUCAAACAGAGCUGAGCCACCAGAUCACGGAGUUGCGCGCGACAGUGGAGGCGCAGGGAGAGAUGCUUGAGCGGCUCGUCGCCGCUCUUGAAGCUGGCGGCGGCGGUGGGUCGAGGAUCCGACACGGGUACGGCGAACAACCAGGAGAGGAUGGUAUACUCGCGAGCACACCGCCGAGCUGA